CUGGAACAGAGCAGCAGAGGCAGAAGCAGCAGCAGACGGGACGCAGACGCUCCGAGCAAACCGAGGAUAUAAAAGGGAAUACACGCUGAUGAGGAGGCAACAACAACAGGAGAGGAUGGAAUUAAAGAAAGCCGUUUGAUUGCUUUUCCUUCACACUUUUGUUUGGAGCAUCCCACAAGCAGAGCACCAGUGAAAACACAUACAUAUGAUAUAUAUAUAAAAUUCCUAUACAUAUAUAUCAAAUUAUGCCUGUUUUCAAAGAAGCUGCAGCCGGACUACGACUGAAUUAACAUCAAAAAGCGACAAAAUUUGGGAGAUAUUAUGCAGCAUUUGCUUAAAAGCUGUUGUAUAUUGUCACUUUGAUGUUUUUCUCUCAAAUUUUUUUCAUUAUUUUUUUUGGCAAAAAAAAGAAAGAGGCAAACAGAAAAGAAAUCUAAAACUGGGCAACUGAGUAGUUGAGCCAACAUUUUGGUUCAUUUCUAAAGGGGCUUCUGUUGAAAACAGGAUGUACAUAUUUUUUUUGAUCUGCCCUUGCGGGUGCCACACUGCCGUUUGGCUGUCGCAUCUCCACUUGUUUUCUGUCGUCCGUGUGGGUCGUGGCUCUGUAUAAAUCCAGCGAGGCUUUGCUGAAAGUGCAGAGGACAGUCCACACGCUCCCCCUGACCCCCUCUUUACCCACCCAUGCUGAUAGCAUCCUCAGGCACAGGGGGGAAAGUCCUACAGGGUCUGAGGGGAAAAAGAGGGGGGUGAGGUAAGUUGGUGGAAGAGACAGGAGGCAGGAACAUCAAAGAAAGGAUGGCGGGAGAUUAGGAUUAGAGAAUGGAAUGAGCGGGAAAAAGUAAGGAAGAAAAAGAAAGCAGCAACGCCAAACAACCGUGCCACUCUUCUUUCCACGGAGCAGAUCUAAAACAGUGAGAUUUAGCACCAAAACAGAACCCCCCCUCCCCCCCGUGCUGCAGGACAGAUCUGAGCAGGCUGAAAGGCAGAGUAGUGUCCCGGGUCUGCCAGAGAACCUGUGAAUCCACGAAGAAGAGGGGUUUCAGGGCAGCAACAGGAGCUCUGCGCAUGCCGAGCACCGAAAGCCGCUGGACUCCUGUGUGUGCUGCUUAAAAGCUACUCACAGGGUUUCUGUCAUCAGGGAACUGAGCUGCUUUUGAAUGUGUGUGUGUUUGAGAGGAAGUGUGUGCACGUGUGAAAAGCAGGGGGGGAAACAAGCCCCUUAGGGAUGCUUUUGGACUCUUAAGUACCACAAGAUUUUAGCUGGAAGAUAAUUAGAUAAUUAACAGCUGUUGUUGUACCUGUUGGGUCUUCGGCUGAACACAGGAAGGAGCUAUCUGUGCUAACUUAAAGCAGAUCAGUUCACAAAGAUAUCAGCUAAAGAGAAGGAGGAACAUUUUUCAAAGUGGACUACAGUGAGAAGAUGCCCACUGCAAAAGUAAAAAAGCUUCUUUGGGACGAUGACAUUGAGAAAAGCAGGAUGAUAAAUGCAAGUUAAGAUCUGAGGAGGACAUAUCUGGACACUAGACCCGUUUUGACUUCUUUGUUAAGUUAUCUGCUCAGGAAUAUGAGUCUAUUUUUGGAAUGAUCUAAAUAAAACAAACUCCAUGGGGAGCUAACUGCAAGUUUGAGAAGGAUUUGCUUUGCCUGUUAGUGCCAUUAGGAACCCACAGUUCUCACUUUUCACAGAUUAUUCAUCCACUCGAUGGGAGAGCUCAUUGCUGGAAAUGCCAGGGGGCAAGUUCAUUCAUAGGUAAUACGCCCUCCUGAACUGGAGCUUCGCCUUCUAGGAUUUGGUUUUGUCUACGACCAACCUCUGCUGUCUGCUGAUGCCGCAAGGGUUUGUGAAAGGAUCUUUUGGCCUUUUCGUAUUAACUCAAUUGAGUUAAGACACUGCAAAGAACUGCAACCCAAGAUGGCCACUUCCAUGUAUUCACUACUGAUAAACUUCUCAUUGGCCAUUCUACUGGGUUUGACCUCCUUGAGUGGACUGAACUCGUGGCCAUCAGGUCAAGCUUUGGCACAAGCACCUUCCAGCAACCAGACAACCGAAUCAUCUGUGUUAACAGAGGCAGCUCUGGCAACGCCAACACCAGACCCAGAGGUCCAAACAGAUCCAACGGCCGGGAACCGCUGCUGGGGUUACUAUGACGUAAUGGGCCAGUGGGACCCACCGUUUAACUGUAACGCAGGUAUCUACAGGUUCUGUUGCGGCUCCUGCUUCUACCGUUUCUGCUGCCAGUUCAAAGUCCACAGUUUGGACCAGACCUCCUGCUCCAACUAYGACACUCCUGUGUGGGCGAACACUGGGAAACCGGGGGUGCCCGUCACUGAGGGCCAUCAGGAACCUGAUCGGGAUCGGACCCAUAUGAUUGUGUAUAUAAUCUGUGGGGUGGUGGCCAUCAUGGUGCUGGUGGGGAUUUUUACUAAACUCGGACUGGAAAAGAGUCAAGGAGGACAAACGGAUAUGACCAACUCCAGGACUUUGACGGAGCUGUUGAAGCAGCCGGGAGAAGCAGGGAUGAUGGACGGAGCCGGAGUUCAUCAUCCUAUAGGAACAAAUGGCAUUGCUGCCAGGACGCUGCGUUCCAACAAUGAUCACAACCACUUGAACAAUGCAGCUUUAUCCCCGCUGGGACCGGCCAUGGCCUUGUCUCACCCUCACAACAACCUGGGAAUCGGUUUCAACAAAUACACCUCGCUCAAGGCUGCAGAUACAGGUGUAAGAGACUACUACAAGAGCUACCCGAUGAUAGAUUACACCCACCGCCAGUCUCCUCCAACUUUUCAGCCAAUCAACUUUCACCCCAAAGACAAGCCAUUCCUCCCGCCGCCCGACAUCCAUGCACCUCUGGCCAUCACCAUCAACGCCUCCCAGAUCCCAAAGCCCAAGAUCUCCAAAACCAACACCCACCCGCUCACUUCCAGCUCAGCCUUCAAAGUGUGGGACCCGAGCAAGAGCCACAUCCAGCACCCGACGGCCACACACAUGAGCCUCGGGGGGCAGCAGCAGCACCACCUCAUCCAGCAGCAGCAUCACCACCAGUCACUGCACCAGCCGAACAGCCGGCGCCAGGCCUACUCCAACAAGAGGCAGUUCAGCAUCGAAACGCUCCCCGAGCUCUUCUCACAGCCACUGGGCUACAGCCACUCGCCGCACAUGCACCCCAAACACAAAGGACUGGCCACCAACAGCAAGACGGAGGUGACGGUGUGAACAGAAAUGAACCAAAAAAGAGAGGCAGAGAAAGAGACAUACUGGCAGGGUUGAAGGGAAAUAUUCCGAUAUCCUUUGUGUCCACAACUAUGAUGUUGUGAAAGCAAAUAUCACAUUGGGAUUUUUUUUUCUUUUGUUGUUGUUGCUCCAAUUUUACCUAAAAGAAACACUGAUAUGUGUAAUAUUUGUAUAUCUUUUUAAAUCACUGGAUCAGGCAGAUAAGGCGUGAAGGUGAUGGAUUAGCAGGUGUUGACUGUGACCCUUUGAACCUGGCAGCUUUUCUAAAUAAUUGAGUGGGCUCUCAGUGUGUUGGCUCUGCUUUGUCUCCUCUCAACCCUCUCUUGCAUCUCUGCUCGGCUCUGCAACGACACUCCGCUGGGUACAAAUGGCCGAAUCGCACAUGUAGCCUCGACGCUCGAGGUUGUGUGAAAAACAUGAGUGCGGGGUGGGGAAAUGUUUUCUCCAAGACUUUGGCUUCCCCAUCUACAGGGAUAAUACCAUUGUGUUGUCAGCUCUCAUUGCCCUCCAGCACUUCGAAGAGUGAGAUAUCAGCCUGGCAAUUCGUGGCAGAGAGGAGGGCAGGGGAGUGUGGGAAGUAUUCAUCUCAUUCCAGAGGCAAAUGCGAUGAGAAGGAUCAGAAUCAGGCACACACACACACACACACAUUUGUGCACACAAUACACACUUGUCAAACAGUACAGAAUAUUCUAGGCGCUGUCAGAGUCUCCAGGCAACUCCUCCACACAUCAGCCCUCUGYCCAAGACAAAAAGACACCCAAACUUGUCUUAAAACUCCAAUUCUUAAAUUAAAGGCCCAACAUUUCUUGAAGAUCAUCUUACGUAGACAAGUUGUAGCCAUUUUUGUACGACCUUAAAAAUAACAUUAUUGUAGCACUCAUACAAUAUCAUGGGUGCUGAGAUUGACACUAGGGCCGCAUCUAAUUUUAGCUCGGUACGUGUACAAGUAGAUGAGUUUUAGCCAUUUUUGUGUUGGCUAAUGUUUAGUAUAAAUGCCAAUAGUUGUUAAAGUUUCAGCAAAUCUGUCGUACAAUGAGUAGUGCUCAGAGAAUGACUCUCAGGUACAAACACACCAUGUUUUAGCACAAUGUGCGUAAARCUGGCUGAGUUAAUUUUUUUCUGCUGUUUUGUGGUUUUUACGGAUAGCUGACUGUUGCAGCCAUUUUAAAAUGAGUUGAUUCGUAAAUAAAUCAGUUGUAGAUGUACA